AUGGAUACACUGCUGUCCCAACUCGAUGCGCUCGUUCUCAAACCCGAGCUCGCGCCGCUAUUGUCGUUAGUGAAGGGUGCACGCAAUGGAAUCGUAUACGGAUCAAAAGUUCGCUUUCCGCAUGCGCUGGUAAUGAUAUUUCUGUUCAGAUCUGGAACGAUACGCGAAAAGACGAAGCUCGUUUUGAAAGCGACCCGCCAGCAUGCGCGGAACCUCUCCACAUUUGCCAUCAUCUACAAGGCCUCGAUGAUCCUUCUCCGGAAUAUACCAGGUGGCGCCGGGAAAGAAGGCCGAUAUGAUACCUUCUUUGCAGGCCUGCUGGGCGGGUAUGCAGUUUUCGGACGACAGCCGGGCAGUAUUAGCCAGCAGAUCGUUAUUUACGUCUUCGCGCGUGUGAUGCUUGCUCUCGCCAAGCUCGCCGUCCAACCCAACAUGCACCCCCUCUCCUCCCUCAUCACACCCGACACACGCACUAAGAUCACGAAUAAUGCCUACCCUGUUUUCGCCGCUAUGACCUGGGCGAUGGUCAUGUAUAUUUUCCGCUGGCACCCGGAGACGCUGGCGUCGAGCCUGCGAAGUAGCAUGGUGUAUAUGUAUGUUUUGCUUCCACUAUCUAUGGUUCUGCCUCGCUUCGUGUUAUUCGGAAGUUUGGAGUCGCUCUUCCCAAUGCUAACCUUCAUGUCAACCACAGUUAUGGCGACUCAGACCAUUGGGAUUCCCUCCGCACUCUGCUUGUACACAACAAAUGAGCUCUCAGCAGGACCGGUUCUCUUAGCUUUCGGGUGUGUUACGGCGUAUAGAGCGGUUCUUAUUUUGUUGGUGUUUUGGCAAGCCGCAUUCGAGAUGUGCAUCAUUCCCGGCCCUGCUCAUCAUUACAUUUUUACCCUGUAUUAUCAGGCAUGCGAUUUCUUUUUGCAUAUUUUUGAUUACAAUAUACACUCUUACGGACUUUAA